AUGCGAUCUAGCAUCGCUUGCGCUCGGUGCCGGCGCAGUAAGAUCAAGUGCGUCAACAAUGGCAUCGACACUACCUGCCGCGCUUGCGAAUCUUCCGGCCGCGACUGCGUAUACCCAACCCCUGCCAUCGGGGUGAGCGGCGCCAAACGAGACUUGGCUGCAUUAGCAGAGGGCGACGAUCGAAAUGGAGAUUGGGAUGGACCGAAGCGACAGCGCUCGCGGAAGGUGAUUGGGGUUGCGAAUCCCUCUGCGGGCUCGAAAGCGGGCUUGGAUGCCCUGGACUCGUCCAUCCUGACCGCAAAGGUAUGGGAAGCCGUCUUUGACCUUUUCCAGUCGCAUUUCGCGACGCAUCUACCUUUCCUUCACCCGGCAACCUUCCUCGGCCAGAUACGACAACUUUCCGCACCUCCGCCUGCAUCCCAGAUCGACGGCCAAGAUCUCCGGAACGUAGACCCCAAGGUCGACUCAUCGGCUUCGCUGAUCCCCCUCGGUGUCCUCGCACUUACGGCUCGCUACCACCCACCUCUCGUUGCUUUCCACUCUCCUCCUACUCCGAGUCACCCAUCGAAUCCUCUCGCCGCAUCCGAAUUCUAUGCGACAGCUUUGCGCAGCCGGCUGGCCGGUCUUGAUGGCGCAAGCCUGGCUGCUCCCGAGCUGGCCCGGGUCCAGGCGCUGUUAAUGCUUGCUCUUCACGAAUGGGGCAUGUGUCGCGGAAAGAGCGCUUGGGUGUAUUCGGGAAUGGCGAUCCGACUUGCGCAGGCUAUGGGUUUACCGUUUGAGCUAGAGAAUGAGUUCCCUGCGCGAGAUUUCUCCGCCUUAUCCCCCCAUCUCAAGACCGAGGUCGAUCAGUUCGGUCUCCGCCGAGUCGAGACCAAGGAACCCACCUCCGACGAUAUCAUUGCCCAGGAGACGAAGCGACGUACUUUCUGGGCCUGCUUCAUCCUCGAUCGUUGCCUGAGCAGCGGGAAAUACCGACCGCGAAUGAUCCAAGUGAAGGACCUGGACAUCCAACUGCCUAGUGACAAUGCCUUCGCAUUUGGAGAGCGGGUGCGGACUGCGCGUCUCAGUGAGCCGACGGCGCGCCGCCCACAGAGCUUCGGAUCCCAGGGCGUCCAAAUUCCCAGUAUUCGACAAAGCUUAGGAUUUGGCGAUGAGAAACUUGCUCCGACCAAUGGCACCCCGGAUAACAAGGCCUGGUCGCCCGUCUCAAGGCGCAAAUCAAGUGAAGACGACGUGGACCGGUGGGAGGUCGGUGCCGAGGAAUCUGUUCUCAGUCGAGUCAUCCGGAUCAUCCGUAUCUGGGGCAGCAUCGCCAAGUGGUCUUGUGCAGGCGGCCGGCGAAUCGAGCAAUAUCCGCCGUGGCAUCCCGAGUCUCGAUUUGCGACUCUUCGCGCGCAGCUCAAUGACUUCCAGGAUAGCCUUUCCCGGAAUUUGCAAUACUCGUUGCGAAAUACGGAUACGCACCUUAUGUACAAAACCACUCUUGCCUCUUAUACGGUCAUGCACGUGGUCUACUUUCUAUCUGUCAUUGCCCUGCAUCGUGCAUAUAUUCCUUUCCUCCCCGUCCGCUGCAACGAGCCGGUGGGCCCGCUGGACGAGCCGUCAUUUCCUAUUGACAAGGUCCACGGCCCUCCCGAGUCCUUCUGGCGGGAAAGCGCACGCGAGCUGUUCAAGGCCUCUCGGCAGAUGAUCGAUCUUGUGGCUACUUGCCAAGGACGCGGGGCCCUCGUCGAGAACCCUCUGAUCGGCUUUGCCAUCUACAAUGCGGCAUUCAUUGGUGUAUACGGUGCGCACUUUCCGCACAUGGAUCCUGAUGGGUUGAUGAGUGCCAAGCCCCCACCCGCCAGCCAUGACAGCCCACAGCCCGGGCUCCAGCAGGCCCGGAAGGCGCUAGAUAUUCUGCGAGAGAUGCGCCCCCGUCUCAAGAUGGCUGUGGGGUGGUUCCGUACUUUGAACCGCCUCAACACGUACCUGGCCAAGGUCAAGCGUGAUUACCGCCGUUUCUCGCGCAACCGUCUCGACAGCGUGUCGGAUGCUUCUGACCACGCCAACGGUAUCCGGGCUUUGCGCGACGGUGGCCCUGCCGGCUUGGAGGAAUUCAAGGUGCUCGAGAAACUCUUUUUAGAAUUUGGUUCCAUUGAAGAUCAAAUUCCAGAACCGGGCAUAGAGGACGAUGGCUCCGCUAUUGCCAUCGCAGGAGAGCCCAUGGCCGACCGAAUGACAAACCUCAGUGAUGCUGGAAGCCACGUCAAAAGCGAAGUGGGCGAAGGUGGUGAGGACAGCCAUGGGCGCCGCGAGUCCUGGGUCCCCGUCAAUAGCCCUGGCAUGCCAUUGCCUGGUCAUGAGGGAGAUCGCCGCCCGAGUCUGCCUUUACCCAACGCGGGCCGCUCAAUGCCAUCUCAAUCCCCUUACUCCCUACCGUCCCUGCAACAGCACCACCCUGACGGCCCUCUAUACAAUUCAUCCUCUCCUCCCAGUCUUCCUUCCCUAGUGGCAAGUACCCAGUCCCCAUCAUCAUACUUGACCGCCACCAGCAAUCGGCUGCAGCCCAUCAACUCCUGGUUGCCGACGCGUCCGUCGGGGCCACCACCUCCAUACUCCCAAUCCCUGCCGCCGAUUAGCGCGGCUACCUCGCACAGUAUCCCGGUUCUCCCACCACCGGGCCCUGUCACUCAGCUUGCACCAUCACCACCCCUGACGUCCAUUGAUGGCCCCGACACAAGUCUCCUGUCGACGAGUCUCGGCGGAGACGAUGUCCUGGCGUUCUUGGAUGGAGGAGAUUGGACCCAAUUAUCCAUGCUCCAACCCUCAGAGGUUGGCAUUCCUACAGGCUGGCUCAGCACUGUCUGGGCCCCAUUCACUCGGUAA